AUGCUGCUCCUGCCACUCUUACUAUUUUUUCCUUCUUUGUUAGAAUUGAUGUUUGCAGUGCAAAACAGCGCUCUCUAUCGAUAUCCAACAGGCCGUGUUUCAUUUGGUAAAUUCAAGUGUGAUCCCUACUAUUACUUAUGGGAAGAGAAACUUGAAUCGUCCAUGGUGAAAGAUCAAUUUGAAUGCAGUUUCUUUUGCAUUGGUGAACCAAAGUGUUCUUCGUUCAACAUUGCAGCGUUUCCGGACUCCGAAGGGCUUUAUCUGUGUGAGUUGUUGGCUAAUGACAAGUUUAGAGGAACAGGAAAUUCCUUCAAAAAUGCCUCAUUCCAUCAUUUCAGUCCUUGGUCUCCAUGUGAAAGCGCUCCUUGUAAGAACGGCGGUGUUUGUGUUCCUGAAUAUGAAAGGAAUUCCUAUCAAUGUGAUUGUAAGCCUGGAUUCUGUGGAACUCACUGCAAACGAGGAGGUGAUAAAAGCUGCAGUCAGAUCAAAUUGUGUUCUCUUCCAAGUGGCUCCUACGACAUCGACCCGGAUGGAGAGGGUGGGGUAAAACCAUUCAAAGUCUACUGUGACAUGACUGACAAGGACGGUGUUGGAGUGACAGUUGUCAACCACGAUAGUGAAAGCAGAACCCUGGUAAAUGGGUUUGAGACCCCUGGCAGUUAUUCGCGCAAUAUCACUUACAUGGAGACAGAUCUGGUUCAGCUGGCAAGUCUAACAGCUUCAUCCGUUCACUGUGAGCAGUUUAUAAAGUAUGAGUGCUAUAACACGGUACUCUUCCGCAACAGUAAAGCAAACGGCUGGUGGGUGGCACUCAACGGCGAGAAAAUGUUUUACUGGGGAGGAGUCGAUUCUGAUCAAUACAAAUGCGCGUGCAGCUUGAACAACACAUGCGCAGACCCUAAUUACGACUGUAACUGCGAUAAGAAUGACAACACAUGGCGAGAGGACAGCGGUUUUCUCACUGACAAGUCUAAGCUUCCAGUGACACAAUUGAGAUUUGGAGAUACCGGCAUUACUGAUGAUGGUAUAGAUGAAAAAGCAUAUCACACACUUGGAAAACUGAAAUGUUAUGGACUUAAGUGA